AUGAGUCGUUCACAAUUUCAUGCUGAUAGGAACAACAACAGGAAUAGUUCUCACUCCAUUAAGAAAUCAUCGCCGUCAUCGUCAUCAUCGUCAUCGCCUCCACUCGCUAGCGCCCUCCUGACUGGGCCAUCAUUAACAGUCUCCGCCAAGCCACCACCACAGCAGCAACAACAGCGUCAUCCAGUCAUCAUCUACACGCAUUCCCCUAAAGUCAUCCACACACAUCCACGUGAUUUCAGGGCUUUGGUACAGAAACUGACGGGCCUCACUCGCACAGAGGACGACGCCACGAAGCCCUCCGAGGAUGGAAGCAAUUCAUCAUCAUCCUCCUCGUCCUCGUCAUUGCCACCGCCACCGCCGCCACCACCACCGCCGCAGCUGCACCUGCCACUGGAGAAUAAUAAUAGUAAUAAUAAUAAUAAUAAUUUUGAUAACGUUGCGAUGAUGGCAAACAUCAUUAUUAACGAUGAUAAUGAGUCGUCUUCGAUUACAACUGAGGAAUAUGGUAGCAGUUGUAAUAAUGUAGGUGAUCAAGGACAAGUGAUAAACUCAUGCCCAGCGUAUCAACAGCCUAAUUUGUACAACAAUAAUAUUCCGCUAUUCCCAUCGAGCUCCAUUGAUUUCUAUGGCUCCAUGAACCCUAUUCCGCCUUUUUAUAACUAUAAUAAUGAUCCUUCGUUUUUGUUUGGGAAUCAUACUCUCACAAGUACUCUACCUCCUCACCAUCAUAUGCCAUCUUCAUCAUCAUCUUGUUCCGUAGCAAUGCUUGAAGACUUAAAUGAUUUUCGAGGAAACUAG